CCUAAUCAGAAUCAGCUGCCACCGUACGAUGAAAGCCAAUUAAAACACAUAAGAAAUCCUGAAGGUUGGCUCCCUCUUGAACUUAAAAAAUACAGGACUAAUUGGCUGAUCAUGGUCAAGGAUGAGCCGUUCCUCUAAUCCUCCAAUCCCGCAAUUUCAACUUUUAAAAUGAUUGAUCAUCUCGCAUGCAUUCUGAGUCAUAAACAGUGGAUUAAUUUUGAUGAUUAUAACAAAAAUCUUACUUUAAUUCUAUAAAUACUUCCUCUUAUCAGAAAAGAGAGCAGCAGCGUGCCUCAGAAUUUUGCUUCAAUGGCUCAGCUAUGCUAUUUCAUAACUGUUGUGUCUCUUCUGCUCUUUCUUCAAUCUGAUUCCUAUGCAGAAGCUGGAACCAUUGGAGUCAACUAUGGAAGGCUAGGGGACAACCUCCCACCUUCAACCCAGGUUGUGGCGCUGUUGAAAUCCAGAAACAUAAACCGACUUCGUCUUUUUGAUCCGAACCUAGAUGCCCUUGAGGCUCUUCAAGGCUCUGGGAUUGAAGUUGUCCUUGGAACACUAAACCAGGACCUCCCACAACUCGCCGCCGACCUCUCCUUUGCCAGAAGCUGGGUCAGUACCAAUGUGAUUCCAUACUCUCAAACUGUCCGGUUCAGGUACAUAUCAGCUGGAAACGAAGUCAUCCCUGGGAACUUAGCAGCUUAUGUGUUUCCAGCCAUGCAGAAUCUCGAUCAGGCCUUGAGAGAUGCCCAACUCCCAUACAGUAUUCCCGUAAGUACCAGCGUUUCCACGGCAGUUCUUGGAACUUCAUACCCUCCUUCACAAGGGGAAUUCUCCAUGGACAUAGACCCUAUAAUGAGAUCCAUAACAAAAUUCUUAGCAGCAAAUGGAAGCCCUUUUCUCGUCAAUGUGUACCCCUACUUUUCAUACAUAAAUGACCCAGUAAACGUCCCAUUGGACUACGCCCUAUUCAAUAGUAGCCGGGUGGUUGUGAGGGAUGGGGAGCUUGAAUACAAGAACCUGUUUGACGCUAUCACUGAUGCCACCUACACAGCCCUGGAGAAGGCCGGAGGGGCCUCUGUGAAGGUGGUGGUGACGGAGAGUGGGUGGCCUUCCAAUGAAAAUGGUCAGAUUGCAACCAUUGAAAACGCAAGGAUGUAUAACAACAACCUGGUAGCACACUUAUCAGGAGCAAAAGGGACACCGAAGAAGCCAGGGGAGAGCAUAGAGGCUUAUGUGUUUGCCAUUUUCAAUGAGGAUCUCAAACCCAGGGGAACAGAGCAGAACUUUGGCUUGUACUACCCUAAUAUGACAGAGGUCUAUCAUGUUGAGUUCAUUAAUUAGAUGUGCAUAUUCUUGCUCUGUAUUGCCCUUGGAUUAGUUUGAAGUAUUGGGUCUUAUCAUGUUGACUCCAAACCACAAUUAUCAUUGUUAUUUGAUCAUAUUUUACGAUAAAUGUUUCAAUUACAUGAUUUAUAAUAAAUUUUAAAUUACUUUUAUCAAAUAACUUUUAAUAUUUAAAAAUAAAAAUUAAAUAAUAAAUUUUAAAUUAAUACAUUAAAUAUAAUUUAACUUAAAAUCAUUAAAUAAUAUGUAUUAAGUUUUACCAAAUACUCAUUUAUUAUGAUGGUAUUUUGAUAAAAUUAAAUAUUAAAUAGAAGAAUUAUGCUUUAAACCAUAAGGAGAGGUAUAAUUGAAGUAUGAAGCAGUAAAAAUUAUAAAUUAGUACAAA